AUGCGCUUGAACUCUGUUGCCAACCUUGUAGUGUUGGGGGCUGCGGCCGUUCAGGCUCGGGAGCUGCCUAAGGAUGAGGCUCGUGGUGCAGAGCUGUACGAUUCUGGUAUCAUGCACGACAGGCUCAUGGCCAAGAAGAUCUCCCACUGGGAAGCAGAAGAGGCCGUGGGUCUCAUGAACUCGUCUCAAUGGCCCAGACUCGGAUACACCAAGUGUGUUGAUGGCUAUGCUGAGGCUAUUCCAGACAGCCCUCUGCACAAAUUCAAGUGCAAGAACAUGGACCUCUAUGACUUCAUCAACCAUGCAACUCUUGGAUCCCCGAACACCGACUACCGAGGCAAGAGUGGCAGCUCUUCCUGGGGUUGGACCGAUCCUGACUCUGGCCGCGAGUUCAUUGUCAGUGGCAUGUUUGAUGGAUGCGCUUUCAUCGAAAUUCUGCCUGAGGGCAAGAUGCUUAACCUCGGCUUUCUGCCUACAUACUCGCCAGUUGGCGACAGAGCGUACUGGCACGAGAUCCGUUCAUACCGUCACUACAUGCUCAUCGGCAGCGAGCUUGAGGGACAUGGUAUCCAAAUCUUUGAUAUGAAGAAGCUCCUUGACAUCGAUCCUUCCGAUGCACCCAUUCUUUUCUCAAACGAGAAGGACCUCACUGGCCAUUUCAUUGAGUCCCUACCAUUGGGCCGCAGUCACAACGUGGUCGUCAAUGAGGAGGCCAAGUACGCUGUUGCAGUCGGCGUUCAGCCAAGAGACCAGUUCUGCAAGGGAGGACUUCACUUUUUCAGUCUUGAGGAUCCCAGCAACCCUGUUGAUCUUGGCUGCGAUGGUCAAGAUGGCUAUGUCCAUGAUGCGCAAUGUCUCAUCUACCGAGGUCCUGAUGCCAAGUAUAACGGUCGCGACAUUUGCUAUGGCUACAACGAGGAUACUCUGACUAUCUACGAUGUCUCUGACAAGAAGAACUCGAAGAUCAUCUCCCGCACAUCCUAUGAGGGUGCUACCUUCACUCACCAAGGUUGGGUCAACGACGUCAACUGGCAAGAGUGGCUCUUCAUGGAUGACGAAUACGAUGAGGAUGAGCUGGCCGGCCCCGCCGCCGAUGGCUACCCUGUGACCUACAUCUGGAACAUUCAGUCACUCGAGAAGCCUAUCCAGACCGGCAUCUUCAAGGGAAGCGUGAAGGGAAUCGACCACAACCAGUAUGUUGUCGGCGACCUACUCUUCCAAUCCAACUACGGAGCUGGUGUUCGUGUGUGGGACAUUUCCUCUGUUCCCGAGGACCCCACCGGCAACAGUGUGUGUGAAAUUGCCUACUUCGACAUCUACCCUGAGGACGACUCUCUUCCUGGCGGCGGUGCUAUUCAGUUCUCUGGAAGUUGGUCUUCAUAUGCCUAUUUCAAAUCGGGCUUCAUCUUCGUCAACACCAUUGAGCGCGGUGGAUACCUGGUUAAGAUGACCAAGCGGGAGGCCUGCAAGCCCAAAACCUGCAAUGCAAACAACUGCCUCCGCUCUCUGAGAGCGUCCAGCGUUCCUGGCCGUUUGGAAGAAUCGCAAAAGUUCUGUGGCGAGUUUACGAAGACUGUCAUUGCGGACGUUGCCGUGGUGCCCCAGUACGCUGCUGAGGCAUGCCCAACUAAUGUUAUCUCGAGGGUUAGCUCUGCUUGCUCUUGUCUGCCUACUCCUACAGCUUAG